GUAGUUUCAGUUAGUGCACACGAUAAUCAUUGCUUGUGCGGCCACCCAAUCACUCCCCAGCAGGCCGUCUCCGCCCAAGCGCGGGAAACUGCCUCGACCAAAGCAGCCUUUGAAGCAGCAACUUUCAUUUUUUCUCAACAGCACACUGUGUACACCAGAUAUUUCUUACCGGGCUUUUAGAGCUGGGGUCUACAGCUCGAAACAGGUCGUUCUUCAGUCGCAACACCGCACCCGCAGCGGAAGGUUGCAAUAACAGCAGCAAUGAGCACGCAGCCAUGGGUUGAGAAAUACCGCCCCAAGAACGUCAGCGAGGUCGCCUAUCAGGAAGAAGUGGUCAACACGUUGACACGGGCGCUGGAGACUGCGAACUUGCCCCAUCUGCUGUUCUAUGGGCCGCCGGGCACGGGAAAGACCUCGACGGCGCUUGCCAUUGCGCGACAACUGUACGGACCCGAACUAAUGAAGUCACGUGUGCUGGAGCUGAACGCCAGUGAUGAGCGCGGCAUCCACGUGGUGCGGGAAAAGGUCAAGGCCUUCGCCGCCACAGCGGUAGGCGCGCCAGUGCCAGGCUACCCCUGCCCGCCCUACAAGCUGCUUAUCUUGGAUGAGGCGGACUCCAUGACGCAGGACGCCCAGAACGCGCUGCGGCGCACCAUGGAGACGUACAGCCGUGUCACACGCUUUGUGUUCAUCUGCAACUACGUGUCGCGCAUCAUCGAGCCGCUGGCCUCCCGCUGUGCCAAGUUCAGGUUCAAGCCGCUGCAGCCAGCCAUCAUGGCAGGCCGGAUCGAGCACAUCUGUGAGCGCGAGAGUGUGACGCUGGGUCCAGGGGCGCUGGAUACGCUGUCAGCUGUGAGUGGCGGCGACCUGCGGCGGGCGAUCAACACGCUGCAGAGUGCCGCGCGGCUGGGAGGUGGCCAUGUAGACCGGGCUACACUGCUGGACGUGUCGGGUCAGGUGGCACCCGAGGUGGUGAGCAGCCUGGCCGCCGCCUGCAGAGCGACCGGCGCUGCGGGACGGUUCGGGGCGCUGCAGAAGCAGGUACAGAACAUCAUCGCGGAGGGCUACGCGGCACAGCAGGUGCUGCUGCAGCUGCAGGCUGAACUGCUGUCGGGCGCUGACGGUGGGUCCGACCUGCGGCUGUGCGGUGCGCUGGAGGCUCUGGCGGGCGCCGACUACAGCCUGGUGGUGGGCGCGGACGAGGCGCUGCAGCUGCUCAACGUGACGGGGCAGGUGCACGCGGCACUGGCAGCGGCGUAGGCACUGGUUCUGGAGGCGGCGCGUGGGGGCGACUGCGCAGCAGCGGCCGUUAGGGCCCACUGGUGGCAGCAGCCCACAGGGUACGCUUGAACACGCCGGGGGGGACUCCUCGAAGCAGAAGACUGGUAAUGCGGUGGCGGUGCAGGGCGCAGGGAAGGGGCCGUGCUUUCAAGCGGAGGUUCGCUGGACCGGGGUGCUGGCCUGUCACCCCUUUAGUCACGACGCUUCUGGCCUCCCCGUACCAUCUUACAUAGCGUGACUACCGACGCCUCUGGACAGUGGCAUGGGCAACGGUCUGGCUCGUCCAGGUCAUGCAACUGCACGUGCACACAGGCGUUUCGAGGCAACCGCACGUGCACAUGCGCCUAGCUAUGCGGAACCGAUGCAAAUCGGCACUUAGAUGGCCACCUGCCAUUAUGGUAAUGGCAUGGUCGAGGGCCCUGCAGAGGCGGCGCCGGACUCCGUAGUGGCGGCGGCGGCAGCGCGGGGCCUAACGGCGGCAUAUGCGGAGGGAUCGGGAAAGGCCUCGAAGAGGAGAGCGUGGUGCGGCCCCAGGGGUCCCCUUGUGCGGCCCUGAAGCGGCGCCGUCAUGCAGGUAGAGCCCGGCCGAUCAGCAGACACGGACAGGUGUUUGUCAGGCACUGCAAGCGGCUGCGUGACAUAGAGCUGACCGUAUAUAUUUGGUAUGCUGUAACUGGCUGUGCUCGACCGCGCGCGGCCGCUGGACUUACUGUGACCGCCUGCAAACACUUCUUGCGCACUCACGUGUGGCUUUAAAUGGCUGAGUAACGACGCACUACCGGUAUUGCGAGAAGCGUUGGCUGAGGUGUUGUUGCUACGUGCCUGUCUUGGGCCGGGAACAGUGGGCCUAGCUUUGGCGAGCGCCACGAUGUACUUACCAUGUUAGUCUUAAGCGUA